GAAAAACGUGGUGAUAGGGAAGUUGAACGAUUAUUUAAAAUUUUGGAGUACUCUACAGAACUUGAACAAAAUCAAAUUGAUCGGGCGGAACAACUUGGAGAUUGUCAUUUGCCAAGUUUAAAAGCUAAUGCCGAUGUGGCAUUGACUAUUGAUAAGUGUCGUAAAGUUGACGCAACAUUUAAUGAAAAAGAAGAAGAGUUAAAAAAAUUUUACGUUGACUUAGAAAAAAAACUUCAUAUCAAUCCUUAA